AUGGCCCGAACUGCCCAACGCAUGGGCAUCCGCCCGACCACCACCACCAAACGCCCCACGCCCAUCAACCCCAACGCGCCUGGCUGGGGCGCCGACCUAGGCCAUAUUUACGCGGAGCAACUCGACGCCGACACGGUGGUUCUGCUGCCCUCCGAGUACUACGACGAGGAUGACGUUGAGCUCCGGGAAGAUGCGGACGCGGUGUGGAUGGAUACGCUGAAUGCAGAUCGGUGCUGGAAGACGACGGCCGUGUAUGAGCAGAUUGGGGAGGGGCAUGCGCAUGUUGUGCCAUUUAUCCGCCGGGAUUUGUGGACGGCGUGUCCCGUGCUGGAGAAGCCUUCGGGCCCGUGUAUGGAGAAGUUCAUGCAGGAGGCGAGAGAGGUCAUGUAUACCCACCCCCUAGAUUCCGCAUCGAGUCGGGUCCUGCCCUCCCAUAGACCCCUAAUAUACCAAUGGGCCCUGCACUUCAUCUCUGGAUUGUCGUUCAUCCACUCCCACGAAAUCAUCCUCAGCGACUUUGGCCUUCUGAACUGCUGGCUGUCCGCAGACUCGCACCUCUCGCUUUCGCUCGUCGGCUUCUUGGACGCAACGUUCAAGUGGAAUGUUGCGUAUGGCCGCUUGUAUCGUGGCGAGUCGCUUAGCGGCCAGAGUUUUCAUCCGCUGAAGUAUCAGCGCGAGCCGAGUUUUCAGACUGACUUGUUCUUGUAUGGAUGUGUGGUGUAUGAACUCAUGACCGGAGCUUGGCCGGGGGAUCACUCAGGGCUGCGGGGAAGGGAGAUUACAAACUUGAUUCUGAGUAAGAGGUGGCCGGUUUUGGAGACGGAGCAUAUGGGCGAGAUUGUUCGCAAGUGCUGGAACGGGGGAUUUGAGAAUGCAGAGCAGGUGAAGGCGGAAGUGAUAGCAUUCUUGGAGGGAUUGGGGUGGGAAAUUGAGGGGAAUGAUGAUUUGGUAGGGUUUGAUGUUGCGGAUUUGGAGUUCUGA